CCAAAUGCUCAGGCAAGAAAAGAGACAAAACAAGUUCUCCCACCCUUAUGCAUUUUCCUUUCUCCACGGCCAGUAUAAGAUGUACCAUCCUUAGACAGAGUACUUUCUAAGAGGUGGUUUUCCCCUCCAAUUUUUCUUGCUUCUAAGCUUAGACCAGAGUCCAUGCAAGCACUUAUGAGUAUGCACAGGCAAUAGAGGGAGCUUACCUACGAUCAUUGGUAGGAACCAUCUCUGGGAUUUUCUGCUGCCAGAGGCAAGGGAUAUCAUCAUGGAGAUUUCAUCAAAAGAAAAUACUCAGCUUUUCUCAAACACAAUCCUGCUUGUUGACCGAACUUCGUUCAAAUCUGAAUCUUCCACAUCCAAGGAAAAACAGUCGUAUUGUGGAGGUAUAAAGGUAUUCCUUGGAGCAUUGUCUUUUGUUUAUUUUGCUAAAGCACUGUCAGGAAGUUACCUAAAAAGUACUAUAACGCAAAUAGAAAGAAGAUUUGAUAUCCCUUCUUCUUUGGUUGGCAUUAUUGAUGGCAGUUUUGAAAUUGGGAACCUCCUAAUCAUAAUUCUUGUAAGCUACUUUGGAGCGAAGCUUCACAGGCCAAGAAUAAUUGGAGCAGGCUGCCUAAUUAUGUCAGCUGGAACAUUCCUAAUUGCGAUGCCCCAGUUCUUCAUGGGACGAUAUGAGUAUGAAAGAUUCCCUUCCACCGUCAAUUCUACUGUUGGCAUCUCUCCAUGUCUGCAGGAUAAAAGCCAAACUCUGCUCCCUGCCUUGGAAAAACCUCAAGCAAAAAUAAAUGCAGGCUGCGUACAGACAGUUGCAAUUAUAGGGCCAAUAUUUGGCUUUCUUCUAGGAUCCCUGUGUGCCAAACUUUAUGUUGACAUUGGCUUUGUAGAUCUGGACAGUGUAACAAUAACUCACAAGGAUGUGCAGUGGGUGGGAGCCUGGUGGCUGGGCUACUUAAUAGCAGGUAUGAUUAGUGUUCUAGCUGGCAUCCCUUUCUGGUUCCUACCCAAGCACCUCCCGAAACCAGGGGGCAGGAAGGACUCCAGUACCUCUUCUGAGCAGUCAGAGUUCAUCACUGAGGACAACAAGGACCAUCGAAAAUCUUACCAGCAACAAGUGAAGAUUGCUGAGAUGGCAGAAGACUUCUUGUCAUCACUGAAGAAUCUCUUUGGGAAUCCAGUUUACAUUCUGUAUUUGUGUGCAAGCAUCAUUCAGUUCAAUUCUUUAAUUGGCAUGGUGACAUAUAAGCCAAAGUAUAUUGAACAGCAGUAUGCACAAACAUCUUCAAAAACUAAUUUUGUUAUAGGUCUCAUCAACAUUCCUGCUGUGGCUUUUGGCAUAUUCUCUGGAGGACUGCUCAUGAAAAAAUUCAGAAUCAAUGUUUUAGGGGCUGCAAAACUCUCCCUGGGAUCAUCUUUCUUUGGUUACAUUUUGCUCCUGUCAUUAUUUGCAAUGGGAUGCGAGAACUCGGAUGUGGCUGGACUGACUGUGUCAUACCACGGAGAUAAACAAAUGACUGAUUAUGAGCAAGCCCUGUACUCAGAGUGUAACUCGGGCUGCGCAUGUUCCAAGAACGACUGGGAUCCCAUCUGUGGGGAAAAUGGAGUUACCUACAUUUCUGCUUGUCUUGCUGGCUGCCAGGCAUCCAAUGGCAGUGGGAAACAUAUGGUAUUCUUUAACUGCAGCUGUGUGGGAACCUUGGAAUCACCUUCACAAAGUUCCUCAGCUGUGGUGGGACCAUGUCAAAAAGGAAAUGAGUGUCCAAAAAUGUUUCUGUAUUUUCUAGUAAUAUCAGUUAUCACUUCAUAUACUUUGUCAGUAGGUGGCACACCUGGAUACAUACUGCUUCUAAGAUGUAUUAAACCACACUUGAAAUCAUUUGCACUUGGCAUCUAUACCCUGGCAAUAAGAGUGCUUGCGGGAAUUCCAGCCCCAGUGUAUUUUGGAAUGGCCAUAGAUACCAGUUGCCUGAAAUGGGGAAGCAAAAAAUGCGGGGGAAGAGGAGCGUGCAGACUCUAUGACUCCAGUGCACUCAGGUAUGUGUACCUGGGGCUGACUUUGGUGUUGGGCAUGGUGUCCAUUUUCUUCAGUGUUGCUGUCCUUUGGGUUCUCCAGAAAAGUUCUUCUCCACAAGAUGAGACCCUCUCAGCCAACGGGGAGAGAGGCACCUGUGGGACAAAGAGCAGGAAAGCUAAUUUUGUCAAUAGUGACCAUUUAAUUCAGACACCUUACUGGCCAGAAAAGGAGACUAGACUUUAGGAAAACUGAGAUCCAUCAUGAUUUUACCCAGCCACUGGUGUUCCAGGCAAAAAUUCAUCAUCAGUGAAGCAGUAUUUUAGUAUCCACCUUGAAAACUGUCACCUUCAUGUAAUACUCAUGUAAACACCAAACGCAAAGACAACCAUUUUAGCAUACGUACCGCUCUGAAAACAGUGCUCGCUGUCUGUUCUGCUGAGUCGGUACCAGUUAAGUGAGGGGAUUUGUAAUGGCUGGGAAGGUUCAGCUUUCACUUGCAACAAGAAGCUGGUUCUAUGGCUGCCCUUCAUUUCAAUUCUUUCUCAUCAAGCUGCAACAGCCACUGCUUCCCCUCAGCCUCUUCCUGUGUGUGAGGGGCAGUGGGGAGGCUGAAACACAGCUCUCUCCACCUUGGUAUCAGCACAUGAAGAGCUGGUGCCCAAAACCUGACUUGGUAACCCGAAAGGUGUAGGGGUAUCCUGCACAUAGAUCACCCUUACAAGCAGUGCAGCCUGGGGCAGGGGAAAGGUGGUUUGCUGGAAGGACAAAUCAGGUACGGGCUCUGGGCAUCUCAUGAAUUCAAUCCAUAACAUGUAGGAUGUUAAAUGUUGUAGUUAAGGAUUCUUUUUCAAGUAGCUCUAUUAUAGCACAACAAUUGUAGCAAUAAAAGUUGUCAUUACAGUCAGAGAGAUCACAAGAGUAUAGUUCAAAGGAAACUGGAAUAAAAUCAGAGCUUUUUUAGGUCUCCAGCAGUUUCUUGCUACUUGCUAGUACUCAGUGAACUGGAUAAUUCCAUGCAUUUGAUACAAUGUAAUGACGCCAUGAUACAAGAUACAUAUGAUUUAUUUUUUAAAAAGCUAUGACAAGGCAUCUUGGGAGCAAUAAAAAGAAUUCAAAGACCAGAUGAUCUGGGGGUUUUCCUUUUAAUUUGUAUUUGCUAGCUGAAUCUAAGACAUGUAUCACAGUAUUAAUUUAUGUAUCAUUUUGCGAUUUGACAAUAUUUGGUAUUAAAUAAAUUUGGCAUGGGGAGUACAAUGGAGAGCUGUUUAACAUGGAACAAAAUCUCAAAAAUGCUUGCACUGAAAAAGGUAGUGACAGCACCACUACAAAUGAUAUCCUCUAAAGCAACUAGAAUUUUAGAGCACAAGAUGUAAUGUAGUCUUCACCCUUCAUCAUAAUAUUGGCAAAGCAAUCUUAUAUGACAUCAUCUGCAUCUCAGCAGUGAUUGUAUGUACCCCGCUACCUAGCUGAGCUUGCAGAUCGAAGGCAGCUGUGGAGCCUUUUCUAUGGGAUGCAUAGAAAGGACAGAUGUAUAAGAAAGGGAUUUACUGAACUUCAUAAAUGAAAAAUGUUUACAGUAUUCCACUAGGUAACUACAUAAUCCAUUCAGUAAGAAUACCAAGAAGAAGGAUGCUGUUUAAGCACUAAAUGUCUGCAAAAGGUAAGGAUUUAAAGCCACCACUUGGGAAAAUGCAGUUGUCAGAGGAAGGACCAGUGCCACCCACCAUUUCUCAUGUGGGUGAAAGUUUAGACAGUGACCUGGAAUAUUGGAGACCCAGUCCCUUAUCUCAGCUCUUUGUUCUUCCAGAUGAGCA